AUGUCAACCGAGUCCACGCGCCCACUCCUGCUACCGCAAAAUCGCAAACUCCGACAUCUGCGCGGUAUUGCCCUGAGGAACGUCGCUUUUUCACGACCCCGCGGGCGCACCAUCGAUGACGCCGCCCUGAAUAUUCAAAGCCCCGCGAAGCUCGAGUCGCUGCGGAACCCACCUCCACUACAUCAUGCGUUGUCAUCAGACGAUUUGCGACCUCCGACUGGGGGACGUAGGAGCACACAAUUGCCUAAUGCCAGCCCCGCCACUCGCCAGAAGAAGUUCGAGGAUGCCUUCGAGAGUAAACUGGCUGACGCCUUCUUCUCGUUGCACGUCGAGGGAGAAACGGAGGCGAUAUACAUAAGCGAGGUGGAAGAGCGCUCAACGGUAUGGUUUUAUACGUGGUGGCGAGAACUUGCCGACCUGGACUCGCGCAUUACGCAAUCACCCCAGCUGACGGUCAAGGUCUGGGCAAAGCGAAAUGAUACAUGGACGGCGUUACGGGAGGAUGAGGUCGACCUCCGAGCCCUCAAUUGGCUCGGUAGUUUGCAGGACGUCCACUUUCCGCCGAACAGCUUGGUCUUCCAUUUAGUCGAUGGUGUAUACUCGCUUGACCUGUCCGGAAAGUCCGCACCGCCAAAGCACACCGCUCCUGCGCCCACAUCAUCUUACAAUGCGCUGAUGAGACUGGCGACGCUGGACCAUUCGGUCCAAGACGCGCUCGCCACGCGCGAGCUCCUUACACAGCAAAUCAACGACCUCCUAGACCGCGAGACGAAGAACGAGGUGCCGGAAGCCGAGGACGCGCUCGCCCUGACGAACAAAUAUCUGGCGCAGCAACGGCGGGCCGUAGCAUUAGCCACGAAGCGGAACGCAGACCUGAAAGCAUCCAUCGCAGCGCGCAAGGAGGCCAUCGCCCAAGGCCGCGCUGCCCAAGCCAAAGCAGCCAAGGACGUGGAAAACGCCACCGAAAAGCUCGCCCAAUCCCAAGCCCUCCUCAGCAAAACCAAAUCCGACAUCCGCGGCCAACGCCGCCGCAUCUGCGAUGACCUCUCCCGCAUCUACAACAUCACCCCAGUCCCCCUCGGCCCGCCACUCUCCUUCCAAAUCUGCGGCCUCCCCCUCCCCAACAGCACCGCCUACAACUCCUCCUCCUCCACCACCACCACCACCACCACCACCAGUAGCAGCACUCCCACCCCCGCCCCGCCCACCGAAGACGCCCUCUCCGCCGCCCUCGGCCACGUCGCGCACCUCACCGACGCCCUGCAAUACUACCUCUCCGUGCCCCUGCCCUACCCCAUCCGCCCCUUCGGCUCCCGCUCCAGCAUCCGCGACGACAUCUCCCAGCUGCCCGACCCGCAGCGCGAGUUCCCGCUGUACGUGCCGCGCGGCGGGUCCGCCGCCCAGUUCCGGUUCGAUUAUGGCUGGUUUUUGCUGAAUAAAGAUAUCGAGGCGCUUUGUGCGUCGCAGGGGUUGCGGGUGGUGGAUAUCAGGCAUACGCUGCCGAAUUUGAAGUAUUUGUUGUAUGUGUGUAGUGCGGGGAGCGAGGAGGUGCCGGAGAGGAAGAGGGGCGGGGUGAGGGGGCUGUGGGCGGGGCGGAUCAGGGGCGGUGGGCUGCUGGGGGAUGAUGCGAGUAGUUUGGGUGGGGGGAGUAGUCGGAGGGGGAGUGAUGCGAGUGAGGUGGCGGGGAGGCAGAGGGAGGAGUUGAGGAGGGCGGCUGUUGGUGGUGGUGGUGCUGGUGGGCGGGAAGUUGGGAAUGGGAAUGGGAAUGGGAAUGUGGCGAAUGUGAAUGGGGAGCCGGGGUUGUUGCCGUUUGCUGAGGGGGGGAUGAAGUUGAGCUUGAGGACGAAGGGGUUGAGGGAGAGUGCAGCGCAAUGA